ACCAAAUAUAAAACAAUUCAUUUUUUUCCUUAGAGACGUCAAGUGAUAAACUUGUACAGAGCUGAUUCAAGGAUAAACCAAAAAUUGUGGUAUAUAAAGACUGUGUGAUGAAAUUCUGUAUUAUUCAUCCUAUAACAAUAUCACGCAUCAUCAUGAAACUGGUAAUCAUUUUGGCGUUGGUGGCGGUGGCUGUAGCCCGCCCUGAUGACGGUGGCACCUAUGACUCGAAGUACGACAACUUCAAUGUUGAUGAGCUCGUUGGAAACGCACGGUUGUUGAAAUCGUACGCCCACUGUUUCCUUGAUGACGGCAAGUGCACUCCCGAAGGAAACGAUUUUAAGAAAUGGAUCCCUGAAGCUACGACCACAUCUUGUGGAAAGUGUUCAGAGAAGCAAAAGGCUCUCGUUGCAAAAACCAUCCAAGCUAUCAAGGACAAACUUCCAGCAGAAUAUGAAGCUCUAAUAAAGAAGCAUGACCCUGAAAAUAAACACCAAGGCAAACUCCAGGAGUUCCUUCAAAAAUACUCUCAUUAAGACAUCUUCAAACCAGCACGAGAGACCAUCAACACUCACAACUAUUUGGUAAAACUAGACUGAGUCUAAAUUAAAUUGCCAUAAAAAGUAGGAAUUGUAUUAAAUAUUUCUACUUUUCUCUAUAAUCUCGCAUUUAGGAAUAACAAAAUGUGCAUCGUUUGAAAUAAUAAACUUUAAUAAUUUCAACAAG